AUGAGUGUAACAGAGGAGUUUAAAAAGAAAGUGUUUAAAACAUUUGGUCCAAAAACAGAUUUAUCAGAUGAUGAGUAUAUCAAAUUGCAAUCAUUGUUGGAUCUUUUCAACAAAUCCAUGGACGAUAUUUUUGUGGAAUGGGAAUCAUUCAAUAUCACCGAGGUAAAAGAAGAUCUAGAAUUGAAUUUGAAUAAUUUGAUCAGAUUUCAAGGAUAUUUACAAUCCAAACUAGCUAAAAAUUCCACACCUAUAUCGAAAAAGAGUAGGGACACCAUUGGAUCUACUUCUAAUAGAAAACAAUUCCGAACCGUGGACAAUCAUCAUUUAACUCCGCAAUUAAAGAAAAGAAAAUUCGAGGAGAACACACCUGAAUUUAAAACUCCAGCAGGAGGCCAAGUAUCUUCUCCAGCUACUGAUUUUGAAACGGCAAAUAAUACUUUUGUUGGGCUCACCAAUACCACCGCCACUAGUGCAACCCCAUCCAAUCCACCAAAUUCAUUAUUGGAAACGUUGAAUCCCGAAAUUGAUGAAAUUGCAAUUGACCAAUUACCUGAGGGGAAAACAUUCAGAUUAAGUACUAAUUUCGAUGCUUCUAAAUUCAAAUUUCGUACUAUGCAAAUGAAAUUAUUGGAAAGUGCCGAUGUUUUAGAUGAUCAAAUUGAUCGAAUGAUAAGUUUGUAUCAAGAUCAAAACAAAACUGCCGAUUUGCAAUUUGGAAACCCUUGUAUGAGUACCCAAUCGGAUAUUUUAUGUUGUGGAAGAAUUGUUCCUGAUAAUCCAUUGUACGAUAAAGAGAUCUUAAAUAGUACAUCUUUAUUUUUAGAAACUUCGAGAAUUUCAGGUAUUGGUCAAAGAGUACCCCUUGAUAUAAGCAAUUUACCAACGUAUUCAUUUUUCCCUGGUCAAAUUGUGGUAUUAAAAGGAAAAAAUCCUUCUGGCAAAUCCUUUAUUGUGGAACAAAACAUGCCAUUACCUCAAUUAGGUGCUCCAGUGACUAGUGCUGAAGAAUUGAAAGAGUUUCAAACAUUACAAAACAAUCAAGGAUUGAAAGUUUUAAUAGCAUCGGGUCCAUUCAGUAAUCUGAACAAAUUGAAUUAUGAUAAAUUGGACCAGUUAGUUGAUUUGAUCAAUACGAAAAUAUUACCUCAAGUGGUAAUUUUAAAUGGUCCAUUUUUAGAUAUUGGUAAUAAAGUUGUUGAAUCUGGAGAUAUUGUGAUUGAUUCUGAACAAACACAACCUAAAACUUUAGAUGAUCUAUUUAAAGCAAUUGUUACACCAGUAUUGAAAAAAAUUGAUGCUAAAAUUCAAGUUAUUUUGUAUCCAAAUUUAAGAGACACAUGUAUUAAACAUUGUUCUUAUCCACAGGAUUCUUUUGAUAGAAAGAAAUUAGGAUUACCCAAAAACUUUAAAGUUUUCCCUAAUCCAUCGGGAUUUUCUGUUAAUGAAGUUUUGAUUGGUAAUUCCAACUUGGAUAUUUUUAAAGAUUUACGAGACGUGUUUAAAGAAGAUACAGCAAUUAUUUCCAACAAUCGUUUUGAAAGAAUCGUGAAACACAUACUUGAACAAAGACGUUAUUACCCGACUUUCCCAGGAUCAAUCAAGACCGAACCAAAACAAAAUUGUAUAGAUUUGCUUAAUGGGGCACAAGGAGAAUAUUUGGAUGACAUUGCUGUUGGUGGAUCGUCUUUAGAAACACCAUAUUUGGGUUUGGCAGAAUUAGGGGAUUCAUUACCGGAUAUUUUGAUACUACCUUCCGAAUUGAAAUAUUUUGCAAAAGUGAUUCAAGGUGUAAUUGUAAUUAAUCCAGGAAUAUUUAUCAAACCAAGUAAAGAUCCAAUGAGAGAAGAGGGAAGUUAUGCUGUUAUUAAUAUCCAACCACCAAGCUUUGAUGCUGAAGAUAAUAUUGAAGCCAUCGAUGACACCAACACAUUGUACUAUCACAACGUGAAUAAGCGUUCUCGUGUAGAUAUAUAUUCUAGUUAG